AUGUCUACUGAACAGUCUGGUACCGAGAAUGUACUUAUUGGAGUCAUCGGUGGUAGCGGCCUGUACCAUCUUGAUAACUUGACGUUUGUCAAGACCGUCAACCCGGAAACACCCUGGGGCUUUCCGUCCGCGCCAAUCACCAUCUGCUCGCUACCUUCUGGGAUCAAGGUCGCCUUCGUCGCUCGUCAUGGACCGGGCCACACUAUCUCGCCUUCCCAUGUCCCCGCGCGUGCAAAUAUCGCGGCGUUCAAGCAUCUCGGUGUGAAGGCGAUUCUCGCAUUCAGCGCCGUCGGCUCUCUGCGCGAGGAGAUCCCGCCGGGCAUGUUUGCGAUCCCUUCCCAGAUCAUCGAUCGCACGAAGGGCAUCCGCCCAAGCACGUUCUUCGAUGGCUCUGUCGUUGCACACGUCGCAUUCGGCGACCCGUUCUCGCGGAAGCUCACUGCAUGGCUUGAAGAGCCCGUGCGCAAGGCGCUGGCGGAGGUCGAAGGCCGCCAGGUCGGACUCGCAACUGGCAAAUGCAUCGUCUGCAUGGAAGGUCCCCAGUUCUCUACUCGCGCUGAGAGCGAGAUGUACCGUAUGUGGGGCGGCGAUCUUAUCAACAUGAGCGUGCUUCCCGAGGCCAAGCUGGCCCGUGAGGCUGAGAUCAGUUAUGCGCUAAUCGCGACGGCCACCGACUACGACUCGUGGCGUCCACAUGCAGAGGCCGUGACUGCCGCGGAAGUCUUCAAGACGCUGCAGGCCAAUGCAGACGCCUCCCGCCAUGUGGCGAGCAAGGUUCUUGAAGCCAUGCAUGAAGCUGUUUCCCAGGGCGAUGUCCUCAGCGAAGAAGCUGGGUCGAUGAAGUUCUCUAUCAUGCCGCGCGCUGAGGCACAGAAGGAGGAAGAUCUCGCAAAGCUCCGCUACAUCCUCCCAACAUACUUCUAA